GAAUUAAAAAUAAAAAUAGAUAACCAGGCACUGUAAUUUAGCUAAAUUGAAGGUUGACGUCAAAAAUUACAGGCUGUAAUGUCGGGGAAGAAACAAAUCGUAACCAGUGAGAGUGAGGAUAUUAUGCAAUGUUUCACUAUUCUUAGCUUUUUCCCAUAUUCAACAUUACAAUCUUUUACCCUUUAUAUAUAAUCUCUCAGAUUCAUUCAUGAAACGACUCACAUGUGAUGUGAGAGAAAGAAACAGAAUAAUAAUAAUAAUGGGCGGAGAAGAUCGUGAUGAAGGGGUAACAAUGCCUGGGGAUUUCUUUUGGUCUUAUACCGAUGAACCCCAUGCUUCUCGCCGUCGUCAGAUCCUCUCCAAAUACCCUCAAAUUAAGCAACUUUUUGGUCCUGAUCCUUUCGCAUUCUUCAAGAUUAGUUUUGUUGUUUCGCUUCAGCUUGGUACUGCUAUUUUACUUAAGGAUGCAGGAUGGCUGAAGAUACUUCUAGUAGCUUAUUUUUUUGGCUCAUUUCUCAACCACAAUCUCUUCUUGGCUAUCCAUGAACUCAGUCACAAUCUAGCUUUCUCAACACCAGUCUACAACCGUUGGCUUGGGAUUUUCGCUAACCUCCCUAUAGGCGUACCUAUGUCUGUAACCUUUCAAAAGUAUCACUUAGAGCACCACCGUUUCCAAGGUGUAGAUGGCAUUGAUAUGGAUGUCCCUAGUCUCACGGAAGCGCGUGUCGUAACAAAUAUUUUUGCAAAAACCAUUUGGGUCUUUUUACAGCUAUUCUUUUACGCAUUCCGACCGUUGUUUCUUAAACCAAAACCACCAGGUGUUUGGGAAUUCAUCAACUUCUCCGUUCAGAUUGCCCUUGACGUCUCAAUGGUUUAUUUCUGGGGUUGGAAAUCCUUAGCUUAUCUCAUACUUGCCACAUUUGUUGGUGGAGGAAUGCAUCCGAUGGCUGGUCACUUCAUUUCAGAACAUUAUGUAUUCAAUCCUGAACAAGAGACAUAUUCUUACUAUGGACCUCUGAAUCUUCUCACAUGGCAUGUAGGUUACCACAAUGAACACCAUGAUUUUCCAAGAAUUCCCGGAAACAAGCUUCACAAGGUGAAGGAGAUUGCUCCUGAGUAUUAUGAUAGUUUGUCACACUAUAAAUCUUGGAGUCAGGUUAUUUACAUGUAUAUUAUGGACAGAACAGUUGGACCUUAUAGCAGAAUGAAGAGAAAACCAAGCAAAACUGAAUAGAUGCUGUCAUUAGUUUCUUUUCCCUGUUGUGAUGAUGUUUCAUCCUUCUUCAUGGAUAUUCUUUAUAAAGUUAUCACACUUUUGAUGGAUAUUCUUUAUAAAGUUAUCACACUUUUGACAAUUUUAUAUGUAACAGAAGAAUGUACUGUAGUUUUUUGACCCAGAUAGCAAUUCAUUUGUUUAUUGGCUUA